AUGAUUGAAUGCUACACAACUGAAAUUUUGACUUCUCAUUGAUGAGGAUUAUUUGGAGCUUGAGCUUGUUCAACAUACCAUCACCUCAAAUGAAUUUAACAACAAUCUUCAUCAACUAAAAGUCAAAUUUCAGUUUAGCAUCCUGCAAUUAAAAUCAUGAUACAUUGUGAUGACUGAAAUAUAUAAGCCUAAAAUGCAGGAACUCCUUAAAAAACAAAUAAUCACCUAAUAAUAUUUUUGCCCCCUCUGGGACCUCUGGUCCUGAAGAACAGAAAAACUAGAAGCUUAAGCUCAGGCUAACCGUAAGUCGAUCAAAUGUAGCCAAAUUCGGUAUAAUGUAGAAGAUCUGUAUACUAGAGUAGAGAGGUGCCUCGUGCUAGGUUGGGAAGAAAAUCCAUCUGAUGAGGUCUGUUAACUGUGGCAAGCCAAAGCAUGAGGUUUGUUAACAAUGCCAUCCACUGCUCUGCUUUUGCCAACAAUGCGCUUUCAGAGGGUAUGCUCUUCCACUCUUUCAUCACUGAAAUGUGAUUUGCUAGACACGGUGUUUCAAAAUCAGCUUAUCAACAUGUAUGCCAAGUGCGGCGGCUUGGUAGAUGCUCGUCAAGUUUUCGACGAAAUGAGAGCGCGAGAUCUCUUUUCAUGGAAUGUGAUUAUUGCAACUCACCAAAGACAUGGUUCUCUUCACGAGGCAUUGACACUCUUUAACCGAAUGCGAGAUUCAGGUGUCCAAGCUGAUCAGUUUAUCUUUGCCAGUAUCCUCCCAGUGUGUGCCAGAUUGGGAGCCUUGGAAGAGGGUAGGGGUAUCCAUCAAAGCAUAAUCGAAAGUGGGUUUCUGUCCGAUGGAAUAGUUGUAAAUGCCCUGAUAUAUAUGUAUGUGAAAUGUGGAAGCAUUCGGAAAGCACGAGAACUGUUUGACAAAAUGCCUCUAAGAAAUGUGGUUUCAUGGACAGCAAUGAUAGCAGGAUAUGCAAAAUUUGGGUUUUUUCAAAAGGCUUUGGAGAAUUUCAAGCAAAUGCAAGUGGCAGGUGUAAAGCCAAACUCUGCAACCUUUGUCACCGUGCUUCCUGCAUGUGCCAAAACGGGAGCUUUAGAAGAGGGAAUGUAUUUCCAUGAGAAGAUAAUUAAAAGCGGAUUUUUGUCAGAUGAUGUAGUUAUGAAUGCCUUGAUAGACAUGUACGCUAAAUGCGGAAGCAUACAGAAAGCGUACGAAUUGUUUGAUAAAAUGCCUCAGAGAAAUCUGGAAUCAUGGAAUACGAUGAUUACAGCAUAUGCACAAAAAGGUCUUCUUUGUAAGGCUUUAAGACUUUUCAAAGAAAUGCCAUAUAGAGAUGUGGUUUCAUGGAAUGUGAUAAUUGCAGGAUACGCACGAAAUGGGUUUGUGGAAAAUGCCUUGGAGACUUUUAAGCAAAUGCAAUUGUCGACUGUAAAGCCAGACUCCACAACCUUUGCCAGCAUUCUUCCAGCCUGUGCCAAAAUGAGAUAUUUGGAACAUGGUAUGGGUAUCCAUCAGAUUAUAGUGGAAAGCAGACUUUUGUCAGAUGUUGUAGUUGCUAGUGCCCUAAUAGACAUGUAUGCAAAAUGCGGAAGCAUGCAGAAGGCGCAGAAACUGUUUGAGAAAAUGCCUGAAAAAGAUUUGGUUUCAUGGAAUGCGAUAAUUGCAGUAUACACACUUAAUGGACUUGUCGGAAAGGCCUUGGAAGCUUUUAAUCAAAUGCAAUUGGCAGGUGUGAAGUCAAACUCCAUAACAUUUAUCACCAUCCUCCCAGCCUGUUCCAAAAUGGGAGCUUUGGAGCACGGUAUGGUUUUCCAUGGAAAAUUAAUUGAAAACGGAUUUCUGUUGGACGUGCCCGCUGUAAAUGCACUGAUAGAUAUGUAUGCAAAAUGUGCAAGUAUACAAAGGGCGUGCAGUAUUUUUGAAAAAAUGCCUAAAAAAACUGUGGUCACAUGGAAUACAAUGAUUGCAGGAUAUGCACAAAAUAGAUGUGUUGAAGAGGCUUUGGAGAUUUUUAAGAAAAUGCAAUUGGCAUGUGUAAAGCCAGAUGCUGCAACCUUUGCCAGCAUCCUUCCAGCCUGUGCCAGUAUAGGUGAUUUGGAACAGGGUAUGGUAUUCCAUCAAAGAAUAAUCCAAAGUGGAUUUCUGUCCGAUGUCUUAGUCGCAAACGCCCUGAUAGACAUCUAUACAAAAUGUGGAAUCAUACACAAGGCUCGUGAUUUGUUUGACAAAAUAUCUGAACGAGAUGUGGUUUCAUUCAAUGCAAUGAUUGCAGGAUAUGCAAUGCAUGGCUAUGGCAAAGAUGCUCUUAAACUCUUUGAAUUUAUGAAGCAUUCUGGAAUAUACCCUAACCACAUAAGCUUCAUUUGUGUUAUAUGUGCAUGCAGCCAUGCAGGUUUAGUGGACGAGGGUUGUAACUAUUUUAACAGCAUGAGUGAAUUUUACUGCAUUCUGCCUACAACGGAUCAUUAUGUUUGCAUGGUUGACCUUCUUGGCCGUGCUGGCUAUCUUGAGGAAGCUCUAAAUAUUAUCAUCAAAAUGGCAACUAAACCUACUGCAGUUGUGUGGACAUGUUUGCUUGGUGCCUGUAGAUCACAUAAGAAGAUGGGGUUAGGAGCAUAUACAGCAACUUUCGUUUUCGAACUGGAUCCGAAAACUGCCCCACCUUAUGUUCUUCUAUCAGACAUUUAUGCAGACGUGGGCAGUUGGAGUGAUAUUCAAAUUGUAAGGAAAUUGAUGAAAGAGAGAGAAAUAAAAAAGGUUCCUGCAUGUAGUUGGAUUCAAGUUCAUAGAAUAGUACAUGUGUUUUAUGUUGGAGACAGAUGAUACCCACGAACACAUGAGAGUUAUGCAAAGUUGGGGGAGUUCUCUUGGGAUAUGGAGGCAGCAGGAUAUUUCCAGAUUCGAGACUUAUACGCUAAUUAAUGUGGAAGAGGAGAAAAAAGAAUUACUUCUCUGCCGUCAAGAGUGGGAUGGUGACAAUAUUAGUUGACUGGUAAAUGCAUCCCCAGGAUUCUGAUCAACACUAAAUUUUUAGUAUGUUUUGAUUUGCACACCGCAACCAAAUUCAUUUCCAAGUGAAGACUGGUUCCAUGAUUUCUAACAAGCACAAUGUUCUUGUGGAGACUAUUGGAGAUGCCAAGUGAAGAAAGUUGUAAAUAUAGGCUUGCAAUUUCACAAGAUGCAUUGUGCUAGACUUGCAGUGAUGAGAAGGAAUCAGGUUUUCAGUUUCUUAAAAACAUUUUUUCUAGUGUUUGGAGAGCUAGACCAUGAUGGGGACCUUAUAAAGGCGGAUAUAUAGAAUGUAUCACUAGCUGUGUAUACUGAUGGGGUAUUGGUUAAACUGUUUUAUAACACCACAGAGGUGUCAUGACAUUAAACUGUUUGUACAAUAAGCUUGUACAUGUCUUUAAUGAUGAGCUGAAGGGUGGAGAGUGGGAAAAACAAAAGGAAAUUAAUGGUUCAACACAAUCAAAAGCUUCUUGACCAGCAGGAAAUGUCAGAGAAGGGCAUAGGAACAAUCCAAUGCUCUGAUAUGAAACGUAGUUCAUCUCUUGACGGUUAUUUGCUUCAUUUGGCUGGUUUAGUUGUAUUAUCUAGUGCAUAUGUCAGGCCUGCCAUUUAAGAGUGAAUUAUAAUUACCAGAUCAUAUAUGCAAAGUUAUGUAUGCCCUCUUUGGGUGGAUUUCUAAUGUUGCUUCACAUCAAUUUGCUUUGAGCUAAUAUAUUUGUAAAGACAUUAUUUUA